AUGACUGAAUAUCUUAAGGCAAAGUUUGUAGAAUGGAGUAGUAACGCAAAGAUAAACAAGUACUUGCCAACUCCUCCUUUAUCGCCUGAUCUUAGUCCUACGGGUUCAAUGUCCUCUUUCAAUAAUGGUUUAUCAAAACGUUCAGAACUUGGUCAAGAAACGCCAAGGUCCGCUUCCCCAAGUUCUGAUCCAAGCAGUGCUUUUGAUAAUGUUACCCAAACUCCUGUUACUGGUCGUCUCUCUGUUACCAUAGUUGAAGGUAGAAAAUUAAACGUUAGUAACUUUCAAGCUCGCCCAUAUUGUGUCGUAGAAUUCGAUCGUAAUGAAUUUGUUACUCGUGAAGCUAUUCGCGAUUGUGAUGUUCCUGCUUCUCGAAAUGGAAAAAUCGAAUUCUUGGAUCUCGUUCGUGCUGCUACUAGUCCUGUCUGGAAGCAAAAAGCUGUCUUUGACGUUGCACGUUUAGAUGGCGAAGUUCACGUGUUGGUAUAUGAACGUGUCCCUGAUCAUACCAAGCCUGAAGUCUUUUUGGGUAUGUUGAAAAUUCAACCUCCCAAAAAUUCUAAUGCCACUGUUGAUGGUUGGUUCAAGUUGUUGCCACGCGGAAAGGAAUUGGUAACUGGUGAAUUACACGUUCAAAUUGCUUAUGAAAAGGUUGAAAUUGAGAAAUCGCAUCUAAAACCUUCAUCGUUUGAAAUUCUUAAACUAAUUGGCAAAGGAAACUUUGGUAAAGUUUUCCAAGUUCGUAAAAAGGAUACAAAUCGUAUCUACGCCAUGAAGGUUCUUCAUAAGCAAGAUUUAAUUGAACGUCGUGAAGUUGAACAUACUUUAGCUGAAAAGAAUAUUUUAAUUCAAGCUGAAGCUUGCCCAUUCUUAGUGGGUCUUAAAUUCUCUUUUCAAACUCGUACUCAUCUUUAUUUGGUAACCGACUUCAUGAAUGGUGGUGAACUAUUUUGGCAUUUACAAAAUGAAAUUAGACUUUCUGAAGAGAGAGCUAAAUUUUAUGCUGCUGAAAUAGUUUUGGCUUUGGAACAUUUACAUAAAUAUAAUAUUGUAUACAGGGAUCUCAAACCUGAAAAUAUCUUGCUUGAUGCUACUGGACAUAUAGCACUUUGUGAUUUUGGUUUAUGUAAGGAAAACCUUGCUGCUGGACAAACGACUAAUACUUUCUGCGGUACUUCGGAAUACCUUGCUCCCGAAGUUUUAGCAGAAUGUGGCUAUGGUAAAUCUGUCGAUUGGUGGAGUUUAGGAAUAUUGUUCUAUGAAAUGAUUGCCGGUUUCAGUCCAUUUUAUACAAACGAUACUCAGUUAAUGUACCGAAAAAUUCUGUUUGGAAAAUUAAAAUUCCCAAAGGGCUUUUUCAGUGAAGAUGCUAAAAGCUUAAUAAAAGGGCUUUUGGCUCGAAAUCCUCAUAAUAGGCUCGGCUCACAUAACGAUGCCGAAGAAAUUAAAAAUCAUCCUUUCUUCGCUAAUGUUGAUUGGGAUGCUUUGUAUCGUAAACAAGUUUCUCCUCCAUACAAACCAAAUGUUUCCUCAGAAGACGAUACUUCAUGCUUUGAUCCUUCUUUUACUGAAGAAGAAACUAGUAUUGAAAAUUGGCCUUCUGUAACUAAAAAUUUAAGUCUUAAUGGAACCAAUGUAUCGAUAAAUAGUGAAAUGUUUGGUGGCUUCACCUAUUCUGGUGAAAAUCAAUGUGGUCUGAAUCCUUACGGCGAUUAUCCUCUUGAGCUUGGUUACGAUUUUGAUAUUGGCAGUCCAAGUUCAACUUCUUCUUCUAGUUCAGGCAGCUGGAGGAAUCCAGUGGAAUCUUAUUAA